AUUGGGUAAUCAGGUAAGCAUAAGGUCAAAGGUUACUGUACCCUGCUGCAGCGCUCCGAUACUUCUAGAAUCACACUGUUAUUUUGGCGAUUUGAAGGAACGAAACGCACAGAUAGGAUGUCUAUAACGGCAGAGUACAUCAAAGAGAAGCUCCAGCGUGAACUAGAGGCAACUCACAUCGAUGUAGAAGACACAUCCCCCAACCACUGUGGUUCAGCGUUUAAUGUCACCAUCGUGUCUGCUAAGUUUGAGGGCAAGCCGCUGCUCCAGAGGCACAGACUGGUGAAUGCCUGCCUGGAAGAGGAACUGAAAGACAUCCACGCAUUCUCCCAGAAAACCUUAACACCUGAACAGUGGCAGAAACAGCAGAAAUGAUGACAGCCUGUCUCCUCCUCAUGACACACCCACCUACAUCAUCUGAGCAUCAUUAAAUACAAUUUCAAUGUCGCAUUUUUCUUGAUCUUGAUUUGAGGGCAUCAUGCAUGUUCUGUCAACGGAAAAAUACAUGUUUUUUUUCAUGCAGGAUUUCUUAUUUGAAGAAGUGGUCAUAUAAGGAGUUGUGCAAACAUACAUUAUAUGGCAAUACGAUCAAGACUAGCAUUUUAAGUUAUUGUCUACACUAAGUUAACAGUAAGAGAUAACUGAUAUUGGCUUGAAGUUGAAAGGCUACUAGGAUGCUAACUGAAAUAUCUGACUAUUUCCAAAAUCUAUCUACAUGUAGUUGUUUAACUGUUAUUUUGCAUAAUUUAUUUUCCAUGUGUCUAAACUUCAUCAAUGUAGAGAUAACUUCAGUUCCAAAAUAUCCAUUAGCAAGCAAACCUUAUCCUUUGUUUGUGUAGCUACUUAAUUCCACAUUUAGAACCGUUGACUUUUGUCUUAUUGGAGUGUGACAUUUUCCAUACCACAUGGUGUAUAGGGCAGUCACCAUCUCCAUUUCUAUAGCCCUUUAGACAUACAGCUUAUGCAAGCAAAGUAAGGGGCUAGUGUUCAGCUGCUAUAUUUCUUCUCCUACUUGCUAAGCUGAGAAGCAGUAUUUACUACUUUAAAAGUCUUCGGUAUAUGACUUGGUACAACCUACCUAAAUACUGCAUGCAUGAUACCCGGUAUGCAGUUUCUAUCCACUGAAGCAGUCUUAGGAUGUGGCAUAAGUAGUAUGAUGCAUUAGAUAAAUAUUUAUGACACAUGUGACUGUAUUUUUGUUUAAUAUAGAUGCAUCUAUUGCAAUGCACAGAUUGUUUCUGACAAAUGUAACAGUUUGAUGAAGAAAUUCACUGUACUAUAACAAUAGCACUGAUUACACAGCAUUUCUAGCACAAAGAGGGUUUAAUUGAAAAUACGCUGUCUCUAGAAUUGUUGUACUGCUGACAAUUAAAAUAUCUUCUGUGUACUUUGGUCCGUUACGUCGAAGUACUGUACUGUAAAUUGUUUGUUUAUAGGUAAUUUCUCGGUCGGAAGAAAUCAAAGGAUUUUGCGGUGCUUUAAGUACGCAGUUGAAAUAAUACAGAAGUUAGUAAGACAGAGUAUACAAAAGUAUGUUCCUGGUGUCAUGAGUUUGUUGUGAGAACUAAGAACAUAAAACUACCGGGUACUGCAAAUAUUAAACAAUACAAACGUCUUGCUUCAUCCUGCACCACUGCAUUUAAAAUAUGUAUCAAUUUUGCAUACUUGAUAAUUUGUACAUUAUAUA